AAUUCAUCCGGUUCAACUAAAUUCGUUGAAGCAGGCGAGUGAAACGAGUAUGUGAACCAGUUCGCCACUACAGUGAAAAGAUUCCUUCCUUCAAAAGUUGAAACCAAUAAUGGCUUCUCACCACCACCUCUGCCACCCCUCCACCGCCAGUUACUGCCGCUGUUACUCUACUUCCUACUCCGCAUGCCACCACCAUCCGCCGGAUUCUCACUUCCUUUUCCACCCGCCACCUCAGCCCAACCUCUGUUCUGCCCAAACCCACCUACCUAAUUCACAGCACUACUAUCCACAUUUUCGCGAAUCUUCUUUCCAAGAAGAAAGACAAACUCACCCCACUAUAGUCUCUCUCCUCCGCCGCAUCGCGGUGCUGGAAUCCGCCCUCCAUAGCCGCUCCUCCUCAUUGCAGUCCGUCCGCGACGCCGCUGCCCGUACCAUCCAGUCCUACUUCAGAGCCUUCCUUUUGCGCAGAUCAAGAACUCUUCGGCAACUCAAGGACCUGGCUUCUAUCAAGUCUACUCUCAGGAGUCUCAAAUCCUCAGUUUCUGAAAGAACCCACUUCGAUUAUGAUGUUAUUUAUCGUAAAGCUAUGAACUUGCUUCUCAAACUUGAUGCCAUCCAGGGUGGUGAUCCAAUGAUUCGAGAUGGGAGAAGUUCAAUAAGGAGAGAACUAAAUAAAUUUUUGGACUCCAUUGAUGGAUUUUGCUUGGAGAGGAGGGUGCUUUCAAGUGGAGUAAACGUGAGAUACGAUAGGAAUAACGUGAAACAUAGUGUCGCGAAUGGUGAAAGAAAUAUGGGCAAUGUGCAAUGUGGGGAUUUGAGAAGUGUUGAUGUGGAGAAAUUGAGGGGUCUGGUUGAGAGAAUUGAUAGAUUAGCUGAGGAGCUUGAUGAGGUAGAGAGUGAGGUAAUUGAAAGCCCCAGCGUUUUGGCAAAACAACAUGGUGUUUCUGGCAACAAAUGUGGGGGUUUGGUGAGGCAGCAUUCUGGAGUUCAACCCAAAGUGAAGAAAAGCGUGAGCUUUGCCGAUAAUGGGAAGGUUUAUAGGGUGUUCAGGAGGAACUCUGAGCCGUUUUUAGUUGAGAGUUAUGAUGACAGCAUCGAUGGGGACAGUGCCGGAAGAGAUCUCAAGAAUGAUUUUGAUGGAGAAGUUGAAGAAUUUGGAGUGCAAUUGAAGGAAGCAGAGGAUGAUGAUGAGGUGGAAGCGCACACUGAAAGUGGAGGUUCUCUGCACAGCAGUGAUGGUGAAAAAGACUCGAGGAUUUAUUUGAGAAGUGAAGGUAACUCUGGAAGCAAGAUGUAUAAUCAAGGUGAAGCUGAUGACUUCACAUUUUCUGCACCAUUGCCUCUGAAGAUGGAAAGUAGAACUGACUUGAUUGACAAGAGGAAGAAAUUAGCUAAUAACAUAUAGUCAAUCAUGCCUUCAUGCCUAGGUUUGUGACUUGCCGAAAAUCAUGCAGUUAGUUGUUUUUGAGCCUUUAGUUUAGUUUGUAAGUCGCAUCUGUCGAAAAACCAUGAGGAGAGAAACUGCAUCAGACUUCAAGCUCUCAUUGGUCAUAACCAUUAACAUCGACUUUACAAGUUGGCGGGAUUUGAAUAAUUUUGUUACUCUUCUCUUAAGAUUGAGCUUGUGUUGUAUUUACGUCCUCAUAUUGCAUUUGAAUUCAUUGGUAUUGAACUGUAUGGCAUCUACUUCGCCUACUUUCCAUUUAUGAUUCUUUACUUCCGGCUCAUGAUAACUUACUGUAUCAUCUACUUUAAGGAAGGUACAUAGUAGUUUUCCAUGUGA